ACGGUUUUCCUUACCUGAAUCCCUCUCCUCUGUUCUGAAUCUGCUCUCUCUGCCUCUGCACGGAACACAAAAAUAAAAAUAAUUUUGCACAAACACGGACCCUUCCUACGACAAUCGAAUUUGCGUCAGCCUCAAUUCUCAUGGAGUUUGGGAUUGAUGGCUCCAUUAGUGCUGAGACAGUUGGCAAUGCUACUGUGGGGGAGAUUAAUAGCAGCAUAGCUGAUGAAAACAAAGUGGGCUGCAGUUCUUUUAAUCCUACUUAUAAACAAGAUCAAGAUGAUAAUAUAACUCAAGAUUCUUCUGGAGGGGACACAAUACCAUCAGCAAUUCCUGCAGUAUCGGUUGUGUCAGCUGAAGAGCCCUAUGUGGGUCAGGAGUUUGAAUCGGAAGCUGCAGCUCAUGCAUUUUAUAAUGCAUAUGCUACACGUGUUGGAUUCAUCAUACGUGUAAGUAAGCUCUCACGAUCAAGGCGUGAUGGAUCUGCUAUUGGACGAGCUCUUGUUUGCAAUAGAGAAGGUUACAGAAUGCCUGACAAGCGUGAAAAGAUUGUAAGGCAAAGGGCAGAGACAAGGGUUGGUUGUAGGGCAAUGAUUUUGGUGAGGAAAGUAAGCUCUGGUAAAUGGGUUGUUACGAAGUUUAUAAAGGAACACACGCAUCCUCUGACCCCUGGAAAAGGUAGAAGGGAUUGCAUUUAUGAGCAGUAUCCGAAUGAACAUGAUAAAAUUCGAGAACUAUCACAGCAGUUGGCUAUAGAGAAAAAGCGAUCUGCAACCUAUAAAAGGCAUCUUGAAUUGAUAUUUGAGCACAUUGAGGAGCAUAACGAAAACCUUUCAAAGAAAAUACAACAUAUAGUAGACAGUGUGAAGGAGAUGGAAACCAAAGAACAACAGAGUCAUAGAUAGAUUCAGCUCUCAGUAGUCUUUUAAUUCUUUUUCAGUGGAUGAAACACGGGAAUCAAUUGUGAGGGUCAAAAGUGCUGCUAGACAAAUUGUGCAAUAAUAUAAUUGCUGACAUAGGUAUCUGCUUCGUUCCAGCUUUAGGUGUCAGGUGAGUUCUGUAGUUCAGUUUGUUAAGUUCAAUGGAAUUCAAUAAUUCAUUAGAUUGCUUUAUAUGCUAUGAUACUUUUAGUUGGCAGAAGAAACUAGUUCAGUUAAUGUACAGGUCCUUUGAAUCCAUUCUUCUGAAGUUAUGCUAACAAUGUGCUUCUCAUAACAGGGCAUUCAAAUGCCUUGAUAGAAUUAAAUUGUUCCAUUGCUGAUUUUGUAAAUUUUGAUCCAUGGCUCUCUUCUUUGUAUAGAAUGAGAUUGUUCGAGAAUGUACAGUCCCCAUGUUCAUUUUAUUUUCAAUAACCAAACUUUCUU